AUGUUGGAGAAACUGAAGACAGAAGUCCGAGCUGCUCCUCCUGCUGGAUCUGGAGAUGUGGAGUGUGAUUUCUGCACUGGGAGGAAACUCAAAGCUGUAAAAUCCUGUCUGACAUGUCUGGUCUCCUUUUGUGAAGGUCAUCUUAAACCUCACUAUAAAGUUCUUGGUCUGAAAAAGCACAAGCUGGUCAAAGCGUCCACACGACUACAAGAGAAGAUCUGCUCUCAACACGACAAACUGAUGGAGAUCUACUGUCGCACUGACCGAAGCUGCAUCUGCUAUUUGUGUACAAUGGAUGACCACAAAGGCCACGAUACAGUCUCAGCUGCAGCAGAGAGAACCCAGAAACAGAGUAAGCUGGAUGAGAUGCAGAGAGAAGUCCAGCAGAUGAUCCAGGAGAAACAGAAGAAGCUGCAGGAGCUGGAACAGGCUGUGAACACUCUUAAGCGCUGUGCUCAGACAGCAGUGGAGGACACUGAGAGGAUCUGGACUGAACUGAUCUGCUCCAUUGAGAAAAAGCGCUCUGAGCUAACAGAGCUGAUCAGAGCUCAGGAGGAGGCUGAACUGAGUGCAGCUGAAGAACUCCUGGAGAAACUGGAGCAGGAGAUCGCUGAUCUAAAGAGGAGAAACACUGAGCUGGAGCAGCUUUCACUCACAGAGGAUCACAUCCAUUUCCUCCAGAGUUUCCAGUCUCUGAGCGUCUCUUCUGGAUCUGAGGACUCCUCCAGCAUCUCAGUCCAUCACCAUCUCUCAUUUGAUGGAGUGAGGAGCGCUCUCUCUGAUCUGAAAGAGAGACUAGAGGAGUUCUGCAGAGAGGAGUUCAGGAAAAUCCCUCCACAGGCUGCAGCAGCUCCUUUAUCACUCUCAGAACCAAAGAGCAGAGAAGAUUUUCUACAGUACUUCUGUCAGCUGACUCUGGAUCCUAACACAGCACAUCAUCAACUCAUCCUGUCUGAGAAGAACAGAGUGGUGAAGAGGAGUAAUGAAGGCCAGAGUUACUCUGAUCAUCCAGAGAGAUUUGACAUUUGGCCUCAGGUGCUGAGUGUGGAGAGUCUGAGUGGACGCUGUUACUGGGAGGUUGAGUGGAGCGGAACUGUGAACAUAUCAGUCUCAUAUAAAGAGAUCAGGAGAAAAGGACAGCGUAAUGAUAGUUUGUUUGGAUGUAACAAUCAAUCCUGGAUGCUGCAGUGUUCUUCUUCUUCUCUCAUGUUCUUCCACAACAUUAGCACUGCUCUCACAGGACGUCCAUCCUCCAGAAUAGGAGUUUAUGUGGAUCACAGUGCAGGAACUCUGUCCUUCUACAGCGUCUCUGACACAAUGACCCUCCUACAUACAGUCCACUCCACAUUCACUCAGCCUCUCUAUGCUGGGUUCUUUGUCCAUGAUGGAUCAUCUGUGAGGUUGUGUGAUAAAAAUGAUGGUGGUGAUCGUGGCUCAUGGUCUGUGAGGCCUAUUUGACCAAGUUUCUGCUCUUAUCAUCCCUUUUUCCUCACCUAAUUAUAUUUGCUAUAUUUUAUUUAACAGUGAUUAUCCUCUUAUAAUCUCAGGCUUAUUAUAUUCUAAAGCUUAUUAUUCAUUAACUACAUGAACUACAGUGUAAACUGACAGUUAUUCUUCAUCUGAUCAUUUAAAGGGUUAAUAAGUGUGUGUGUAUUUACUGGGUAAAGUAGUAGAUCUGCUAUUGUUGGUAAAUAAUGUGAGGUGUGUUAUCUGCAUCUUAUGCUGUUAUAGUUUGGGGUAAAUAAAAGUCCGUUACUAAACCUG